AUGGAUAUCAAGCAGGAGUCCGCAGAGACAUUGAGGAACAAGUGCCCAGCAUGCUAUAGGCAAUACAACAAGUUCGAGCACCUGCUCGAUCACAUGAAAUCCUCUUAUCAUUCAGUCCAUGAACCGACGUGUGGGAUCUGCAAGAAGCACUGUCGAUCAUAUGAAUCACUGAGGGAGCACCUAAUCGGUCCUCUGCCAAAGAUGGAAUGUGCUAGGAUCUUUAGCAGCCGAGGUUGCAACCUCUGCCUGAACAUUUUCAAUAGCUUUGAGGAGCUUCAGAGGCACCGAGAAAGAUGCCGGAUUCCACGUGCAAGUGCACCGGAUCUGCUGGUGGGUGGGGGCGGUAGAACAAGAGGGCAAGCGAUUGCAAUGGGUUGCAAGAUGGUGGGAGGAGGAAAUGACGGCUCACUUGAUAUCUGCGCAAGAGUUUGCAUCAUUGAUGAAGAUGAGAAUAUCAUCUACCACUCAUACGUCAAACCCAUAAUCCCUGUUACCAACUACAGAUAUGACAUGACUGGGAUAAGAGCAGAGAAUUUGAAAGACGCAGCACCAUGGAAGCAAGUCCAGAAAAGGAUUCAAGAAAUCCUCUACAACGGAGAAUCCAUCUGGAAGGCCCGUUCCAAGGGCGGAAGGGCAAGGAUUCUGGUGGGGCAUGGCCUGAACCAUGACCUUGACUGUUUGGGAAUUGAUUACCCAGCUCACUUAAUGAGGGACACUGCAAAGUAUCCUCCAUUGAUGAAGACAAGCAAACUGAGCAACUCCCUCAAGUAUCUAACGCAAGCUUAUCUUGGAUACGAGAUUCAAGUGGGCAUACAAGAUCCAUAUGAAGAUUGUGUGGCUGCAAUGAGACUCUACAAGAGAAUGCGCUCUCAAGCUCACAGAAUCGAGGAAUUCAGAGCACCCUAUGACUCGCAUACUGUCAACCAGCUCACAACCAUGAAACCGAGGGACCUUGAGAAGAUGACCCCCGAUGCGAUGCUAGAGAUCUCGAGGUCGGACUACUACUGCUGGUGCUUGGACAGAGUGCAACUUCCAGAGCCAUGA